GGAUUUUUAUUGAAGGCAAUAUAAUUUUGUUCCAUUUCCGCAAAUAUAUGCAAAGCACUUAUCUUUGGUAUAAUCUUCUUUACUACUAUCAGAUAAGAUAUUAACUAUUCCUGAAUCGAUUCAUACGAAAAGAAUAGGUAUUGGAGGUCUUUCAAAUAGACCUUUAACAUGAACAAUUUCUAGUCAAUAUUAUUUACUUGUAAAACAAAAGUGUUAAUAAAAACAAUGUAAAAAAAAACGAAAUACAGUAAUUUUCUGUGAAUUAUCUACAAAGAACAAAUUAGAUAUAUUUUAUUAAAUAUAAGAAAUUUGUUUUAAUUAUAAGUUUCUGUAAUUUUAUAUAUAUAUUAGGUAAAAGUUCAAUUUCAACAUGAAAAAAUUUGUGUGGCAUAUCCCCCAAGAGAGCAAAGCAAAUGUUAAAGAACAUCUAAACAAUGGAUAUCAAUGUGUACAGUGGUCUUUAUACUUUAGUGUUAUUCUAAUGAGUAUAGGACUGUCGGCAUUAGAAAUGUGGAUGACUCCAGCGUUGUCAUUUUUAAUAAGUGAUGAUUUCAAAUUUCCAGUUUCAGAAGAUCAAAUUUCGUGGCUUGCUUCCAUUUUUAAUAUCGGAGAAAUUAUUGGUUUUCUCACCUAUCCAUUGUUAAUUGAUCGUUUUGGUAGAAAGUAUACUAUAAUUUUUUUCACACUUCCACAAAUAGUAUCGUGUACUUUAGUUUUAAUUGCCCAAAAUAUAAUUACACUAUAUUCAGCACGAAUAAUUGGUGGAUUUAGCAUUGGAGCUAUGGUUGUAACGCAAGUAAUUUUUGUAAUUGAAAUUGUUGAAAAAGAUAAUCGUGGCUUAAUAAUGUCCAUUUUAUGGUUCUCAUCAUCAUUUGGAAGUAUUUGUUCAAUGUUUCUUGGUGCUUUUUUUUCAUAUGACACAAUGAAUUUGGUGAUACUUUUAAUGCAACCAGCAUUUAUUAUUCCCUUUUUUCAAAUUCCAGAAUCACCAUAUUUUUAUUUAAAAGUUAAUCGGGAAGAUGAGGCAAUUAAAAGUUUAUCAAAACUUCGUAAAAAUAAUGAUCCACAAACAAUAAAGUUACAAGUGAAAAGUAUGAGGGAAUGUAUUGAGGAUGAAAAGCGUUCAAAAUUAACAUUGAAAAAUAUUAUUCAAAAUAAAUGUUAUCGAAAAGGAUUUAUUAUCAUGGUAACAAUAAAAUUGGGUGUUCUUUUCUCAGGCAAUGGGGUCAUUAUAAUUUAUCUGCAGGAAAUUUUCAUGUACACUGGAUUUUCUUUGGCACCAGAAUAUUCAACUGUAAUUGUCGCUACAUCAUCAAUUGUAUUUGUCGUGCCAAUUCUUUAUUUGGCUGACAUAUUUGGCAGACGAUAUGUCAUUAUAAUUGGCAGUUGCAUUAGUUUUAUAAGUUUAUUUUAUUUGGGUUUAUUUUUUUUUAUGAAAAAUUAUUUAUAUGUAAAAAAUUUAACAACUAUCGCUUGGACACCAUUGUUGGCAAUUAUUAUUUUUCUCAUAACAACUGAUAUUUUAGUUAGUACAACAAUGAUACUUUCUGGAGAAUUAUUUUCAACACAAAUAAAAGGUCCUGCUUUGUCUUUUAUUUCUAUAAUGUCAAAAUUUUUUGAAGUUUUAUUGAAACUUAGUUUUGCUAGUGGCAUUAGAAUUUUUGAUAUUUAUGGAACAUUUUGGAUUUAUGCGCUCAUUUCUUUUUCAUUAUUAAUGAUUUGUUUAAAAUUUUUACCCGAAACAAAAGGAAAAAGUUUAGAAGAAAUUCAAUUGUUACUGAAUUAAAUUUAAUAAGGUUGAUCAAUUGUUAAGAAUUGUUUACAAAAUAAUGAGAGGUUAAAAAAUCCCACCGCUGUCACCAAACAGAAGACAAAAAUCAUUGUUUAAUCAAUCAUUAUUUGAUUUAAGAAAUUAAUUUUAUAAAUAAAUUUUGUUAUAAAAAAAUUUUUAAAUUAUUU